CAUGUCAGAAGACAAAGAGAACAGAAAAGAAAGAAGAAAACCAAUCCCACUGGAUUACGAAUCAAUACAAAAAACAAUCGAAUCAACACUAACACCACAGAAUAUACCAGACAUAUCACUGAAAAUCCCAAAUACACUAAUAACACACCCACCAAAUACGUCACCAUUCACAUUCAAAGAGUCCCCACAGGAAGAGUUAUCAGAGAGUAAUUACCAAUGCUGUGGUAAAUCAUUACCAACACUGCAUGACUUAGUAUCACACUAUGAGAAUACACACUAUACAUUUAUAUCACAGGAUACAGAUAUAAAUAGACUAAAUGACAGCAGAGUGACUAAUAUGUAUGUGAAGUGGUACGGUGGUAAUGUACAUAAUGAAGUAGUACAAGUACCCACUGUUGUAUUUAAUGAUAAUAUGACGUAUGAUUAUUCUAAGCCAACUGCUUUUUAUAACACUAUAUUACAGUCAGAGUCAUUAUCACUUGGUGUACUGCUGCCUCCUGUUGUAGUGAAGGACUUCAAUAUGGAUGCAGAGGUUGAGAUGAUCGGUGAGUCACAUUAUGAGGAUGAGGACAAGAAGCGGCCAUUUAAGUGCAGUCAUAUUGGGUGUAAUAAGAAGUAUACGUCAGCGUAUGGGUUAAAGUAUCACAUGAGCAAGGGGCACACUGGUGGUGGCAUGGAGAGUGAGAAGCCGUAUGCGUGUGAUGUGCCUGGGUGUGGGAAGCGGUAUAAGAAUGCGAAUGGGUUAAAGUAUCACUUUAAUAAUGGACAUUAG